CUCUUCGACCCUCUUUGCUCUUUCUCUUUCCCCCUCUCUCCCUCUCUCUCCUGGCAAUGGCUGACGGGGCAGGAGGUCGUAAAGUCCGCUCCUUUGUGGACCACAAAUUAGAGAGGGGUACAGCUGAAAAGCUAAGAGACCAAGUCAAAGAAGCUUUCUCCCUCCCUGACGCCCCACAGGUUCUGGGACCUACGCUAAAUUUCGUUGGGGGGUCAGCAGCAUUUGAGGCUGAAGAUAGCUUCCUUACUUCCUUGAAUAUUGGUGCUCAGACCUCGUCAGUCGAUCCCGUUAAUCCGGUCGACUACGAGAGAUUCAUACACGAGAAUGCUGAAGUGAUAAAAGGAGAUUCUCACAGUUCUCUCCUACUCUUCCCUGAUGGGGAUGUAUCCAUUAACACUGUCCAGAGGAAGUUCAGGACAGUACAGUAUCCAGUGCCAGGACAAGCAAAGCGCACUGAUGAUCCUCUGGUAAGAGACUGCGUCAAGUUUUUCACUCAAGAUUGGAAUAAAAUUGAAAGACAGUUCGGAAGUUUUAAUGGAAAUGACGAGAAAAGUUUAGAUCAGAGAUUCUCCACCUGCAAGAGAACGUCAGAUUACGCCAAGAGUCUCCCAGCACAUCAGUUUGAAGUGGAUCUUAUACAAAACCAGCAGCAAAUGGAUGAGAGAAAGAGUCAAGAUGAGCUGAAGAAGUUGUACAGACAAAGUAUACAGUCCAACGUUGAAUAUAAUCUCGAAUCAGCGGAGAGUGAUCCAGUGUUACUCAAACUACUUGAUCAAGUUGAUGAGGUCGUACUAGACGAAGAGAACUACAAGGAGAGGUCAGCCAACCGUCACCCGGCUCUGUUUGGCCUCUACCCUCUGCCAGGACGAGAGGAGUCUCUAGAAAACAGAACUCCAGUGCUACCCCCGUCAGAGCACGAGGGGAUCAAACUACUGGUGAAGAUAUCAGAAUUGAGAUUUGAUCUAGAGGUGGAGCCUGUAUUUGCAGCUGUUGCUCUGUACGACGUGAAAGAGAAGAGAAAGAUCUCAGAGACCUUCCACUUGGACUGUAAUUCAGGAGAACUAGCAAAAAUGCUUGAUAGCUAUACUGAAGAAAGGUCAAUGGCCUCCACAUCUCGUUCAGGAAUAUUCAACAUAACAUACCCUCAUAGUGACAUCUUCCUAGUCAUAAAGAUAGAGAAGGUCCUACAGCAAGGUGAUAUUGGAGAUGCUGCAGACCCAUACUUCAGAGGACAUGAAUUAGACAGGAAGUCUCUUGAUAAAGUCACUACAAAUGCUAAGAAUUGCUGUAAACAGCUCGGCCAGUAUCGGAUGCCGUUUGCCUGGGCAGCUAUUAAUAUCAUUGACCUGAUCACCGGUAACCAGUCGGCCACGUCCGGUGUGACUCAUGAGGGAGGAGGUACCGAGGGCGGGACCAAGGACAGGAAGGACUCGGCGUCCAUGUCAAGUAAAAGAGACUCCUCAGCUAGUUUGAAUAUUGUCAGUGGUACUGAUUCCGUACGAAAAAGAGAGUCUCGAACCACUUCUCUCUCCAGUCAGUCCAGUCGGUCCACAGUUGGGGUUGGAGCUGAGGAGUCUAGUACUGAAGAGAUCAUUAACGUUCCUCAGAACUUCCCACCUGUCACCUUGACACUGAACCUGUUUAUCAAACAGGAAAGUGACAAGCUAAAGGAUGAGGACCUGUUCAGGUUGCUAGGGUUCAUGAGGAAGCCAGCUGCUGAUAUUAACAGGAGGUUCAAGAUCAUCCCUGGCCACCUAAAGAUGGACAUACAACCUCCAUACGAAGGAAUACCCUGCUGUCUCACGUCCAACCUGUUUGAAGUUGACCCAUUUCCUGAUAGUCGCACCAGGCGACCAAUCAGAGAGCUCGAAGAAUUCCCGUCAAAAGAAGUCUACACUCCGUACAACACAUACAAGAAUUUCUUGUACGUGUAUCCACAGUUUCUUGAUUUUCGUUCGGUCAAUAAAAGGAAUAUAGGGAUAAAGGUACAGUUUAUGGCUGGAGAAGAUAAAGAGGACAAUAUACCCGCCAUAUAUGGGCGUUCCUCUGGCCCCGCCUUCCUCCGUGAGUGGUGGUGUCUCGUUCAUUAUCACAACAAGCAACCAGAGUUUUACGAGGAGAUUAAGAUUGAACUGCCCCCAAAGAUAACAGACAAGCAUCAUCUUCUCUUCUCAUUCUAUCACGUCUCGUGUCAGAAACCAAAACCGGACGUGCCUUUAAGACAAGAACCCUUCUUCCUAGGAUGUACUUGGAUUCCAUUGUUACAAGGAGCUGAGAGGAAGGAGCUUAAGUUAGGUGAAUUUAAUCUGGCGGUCACUGCAGACCAUCCACCAGCUGCUUACAGUCAACUAUCCUCUGAUGUCCACCUGCCUAAUUUGAAAUGGAUCGAUAACCACAAGCCCGUGUUCAAGGUUCAUCUUAAGAUGAUCUCCUCCAUUUAUCCUCAAGAUGCUAAUCUUCACGACUUCCUCAGAAAGUUCUACACGUUCGGGCAUCAAUUAGGGAUAGAGUCUGAAGAGAAAGGACUGGCAAACAGCAUCAGACAGAUAGAGGAGAGUGCCAUUGAACCGACCGUACAGUUCCUUCACCUUCUCUUAAAUAAUUUAUGCCAGCUGCUAGUGAGACCCACUGUUACUACAGAAUCAGCUGAAGUCCAAAGGGCUUCCUUCUCUUCGCUAGCUAGUAUAAUAUCAAACGUCCAUUCCUUAAAACUUCAACGAGAUAAACAUAAUCGUGACAUUGUACUAGCCUCUUUCAUUCAAUACGUAUUCGUUAGUCCCCUCCCUCCAUCUAAUCUUGGCCUCUUUGAUCCAGCCCACGUCACAGCCCAGAGGAGUGGGUCCUUCUCUCUCGAUGAUGACCCUAUGAACAAGAGAUCAGCUUCCAUGAGACACUCACGGAACAUUGUUGUACAACCCUCAAGUUCAUCCUCAGGAGUUGGAGAGGAUACUCCUGAUGGUCCAGCUAUAUCUGGUCCUCCUUCCUCAAAGAAACAGUUUUACGAAGAGUUGGUCUAUAGCUGGAUCACUGCCCACCCAGCGACCAGAUCAAUAGUGUAUGCUAAUGCCUGGUUCUUCUUUGAUCUACUGAUUAAGUCCAUGGCCCAGAGUCUUCAAAGAGCUGGUAAAUUGGACGGAGAUCGAAAGUUGAGGUUUUCUCAAAAGUUUCUCAAAGAUACAGAGAUGCUAAUCGGAAUGGUCUCGUCUGAAAUAGCCGAGAAACAUAUCAAGGACGUCCAUAAUGCUCGGAGAUUGAAUACAAGUUUGGCAUUCUUCAUUCACGACUGCUUCUCACUGCUUGAUAGAGGAUUCACUUUCAGUUUGAUAAAGUGGUACCUCAAAAAGUUUGCACUAGCACCUGCUGAUUUCAACCUCACUGAAUUCAAAUUGGACUUCUACCGCAUCGUCUGUAGUCAUGAACACUAUGUGACCCUUAACCUUCCCCUCGGAGCCCAGCUGUACCCAAUGUCCGGCAGCCAGUCCUCAUCUCCCUCCGGGUCCAUUAACUCCGCCUUCGAGGAGCUGGGUAUUCCUAAUAUGGAGGUGAUGGGAGAGUUGAGUGCAGAGUUCAGGCACUAUCAUUAUCUAUCGGGGCUGGUUCUUGCUGAGCUGGCACACGUACUGGAGGGAAAAAACUCCAAAUUAAGAGAACAGUCGGUUGAAGUCCUUCGUGACCUCCUGGCCAGUCAUGAUUCUGAUAUCAGAUACACCAACUUCAGAUCAAGAAUAUCUUCAAUAUAUCUACCACUGCUAUCAAUUGUAAUGGACAACUAUCACAGACUUUAUAAGGGUGCUGAUGGUUGGGAGAACCUGACAAACACAUUUGACCGGAAUACCGAGGUGCGUCGCUCGGUCGUCAUUAAGGAAGGAAGUGAUGGGUCACUAGAGAUUGAUGAUGAGGAGAGUAGGUAUGAUCAGAUAUUGGGUCCUGCUAGUACCAGAAACCUUUUAAUAUGUUUUCUGUGGGUACUGAAGAACAUUGACCCUAUGCUUAUUAAACACUGGUGGAGUACCCUCUCUAUAUCAAGGCUCAAUCUCUUCCUCAAUGUUCUUGAUUUGUGUGUUGCUUGUUUUGAAUACAAAGGAAAACGUAACCUCAUGAACCAGCUGUCAGGAGCCUCGGUAGCGACCAGCAAGAACUCUAACAACAUGAAAGACCAGCUGGCUAACGCUAUCCUCUCUGGGGUGGGUACUGCUAAGGAGAGACUCCAGAGGAGGAGACAGCAGUCACAGGAUCCAGCAGCUGGAGGGUCUCUUCGCUGGGGAAAGACCGUGUGGCAGGCAGCAGCUGAAUAUACUGAGAAGCCUAAAGUCGAUAUUGAAGUUGAUGCUAUGAUUGAGUCUUCAUUAGCCGGAGAAGCCAGCCUAGUGGUUCUUGACAUACUAGAACUAUUGAUCGGUAACACCCUCCACAUUGAGAACCUUCAGAGCGUCCUGGGAAAGAACCUUGAAGUACUCCUCCACCUCAUGCUCUGCAACCAAAGCAUCGAAGUCUCUCGCUGUGUCUUUGCUAGUCAGAGAGCUAUUGUACGCAAGUUCCCUGAACUGAUACUCUACGAGGAGACGGAACAAUGUGCUGAGUUGUGUGCUAGACUCUUGAAGCACUGCAGCUCAUCAAUGGCUGAUGUUAGGGCUUGGGCCUGUGCUUCUCUUUAUCUACUGAUGAGACAGAACUAUGAGAUUGGACAAAAUUUUGCUCGAGUUAAAGUUCAAGUCACGGUUGCUCUCUCUUCCAUUGUUGCUGGUUCCACAAAAUCUUUCAAUGAGCAUCAUUUGCGUCGUUCAUUAAAGACACUGAUACUGUAUGCUGAAGGAGAUGAUGAUAUGUAUCAGACUAGCUUCCCUGAACAAGUGAAGGAGCUUGCUAUUAAUCUUCAUCGUAUUCUGUUGGAUACUGUGAAAAUGAAGUCAUUCCAAAACGAUCAUGAGAUGUUAAUGGAUCUGAUGUACAGGAUAUCCAAAGGUUAUCAAACGUCUCCUGAUCUUCGUCUCACGUGGUUACAGAACAUGGCCAAGCAGCACAACGAGAAAGAGCACUAUACCGAGUCAGCAAUGUGCCUGACCCAUGCAGCUGCUCUAGUGGCGGAGUACCUGUACAUGUUGGACGGGUCACAGCACCUUCCGGUCGGCUGCGUCACGUUUCAAAAAAUAUCACCAAACAUGUUAGAGGAGAGUGCAAUAUCUGAUGAUGUCAUUAAUCCAGACGAGGAAGGUAUUGCUACCAGUAGAUUAUUCACAGAGUCUGGACUCAUUGGACUAUUAGAACAAGCAGCUCCAAUGUUUAGAGAAUCUCAGUUAUAUGAAGCAGCUGCUGAGAUAUAUAAGUUAGUAAUUCCUCUGUACGAGCACAGGAGAAAGAACCACAGUUUAGAGUCGGUUUAUAACAAACUCUCAGACUGUUACAAGAGCUUGGCAAAGAAAGGGGACAGGAGGUUCCUCGGGAGUUACUUCAGGGUUGGGUUUUAUGGUUUCUGGUUCGGAGACCUUCACAUGAAAGAGUUUAUAUACAAAGAGGAGGCUCUGAUGAAACUGAGCGAAUUCUCUUUGAAACUAGAGAACCUUUACAGUGAGCAGUUAGGUUCUGAAAAGGUUGAGAUCAUCAAGGACUCAAACGAGGUCGACACUUCAAAACUUGACGGAGGAAAGGCUUACAUACAGGUGACGUAUGUAGAGCCAUAUUUCGAGGACUGGGAACUGAAAAAGAGACUAACAGUAUUUGACAAAUCAUUCAACAUCAGACGUUUCUUCUUCAGUACCCCAUUCACACCAGGAGGUAAAGCUCAUGGAGAACUCCACAAUCAGUGGAUGAAGAGGACGGUACUCACCACCGAGAAGAGUUUCCCGUACGUUAAAAGGCGUCUUGAAGUCAUAAGGACUGAUACUGUAAAGCUUAAACCUCUUGAGGUAGCCAUUUUGAAUAUGGAAUCAAAAAUACACGAACUGAAGGCUGUCCUUAAUCGUACUCCUUGCGAUUCAAAAUUACUUCAAAUGCAGCUGCAAGGAGGAAUAGCUACAGCUGUUAACCAGGGUCCAUUUGCGAUUGCUAAGUGUUUCCUAGAGGAUGUUCCUCUACCUGAACAAGGAUAUCUUCAUCAUAAACUGAAAGUUUGCUUCAAAGAAUUCACCAAACGUUGUCAAGAAGCUCUUGAAAGGAAUGAGGAGUUGAUUGGAGAGGAGCAGUACGACUAUCAGAGAGAACUUGUGAAGAAUUUCAAGAACUUCCAGAGUCAGCUACAACCAAUGGUCAGCACACAGAAGAAGAUGAGUCAUUCAAAGAAAGCAAGAGAACGUGCGUUGAUGAAUAUAUCAACUGUACGUCAAUCAAGAACAAGUCAAGCAGAAUAAACUAUUAAUAACUUAACUAAUAAUAAUAAUA